AAUGGAAAAGGUCAGGCGUAGUUUAUCUUAUCAGUGAUAGGGAAUGGUUACUAAUUACAGAUAGCUCCGUCCACCGGGGCAUUGCCUUAAAACACUAUCAGCAAUCCACACCGGCACCCGUAUUAAAAUUAUCUCUGGAGUCAGAACCCGCUCAGACGGCGUCGGGUGGUGGUUCUGAAAGGCCGCGGUCCGGUCCGGGCCGGGUCGGGUCGGGGAAGACAUGGCGGAUCGUCUGGACCUGGAGAGAGUCUUUAACCUCUGACCGGAGGAGCGGAUCUCCUGUCCGGCCGCCGGGUGAACGUUUGUGUCUGAGUCUUCAGUUCAGUUGGGAUAGAAAUUAGAAACUUAGAGGGAAGAAAAAGUUUAAACAGGGAAAAUAAUUUCAGAUUAAUUUUUUUUUAUCCUUCAGUAGGUCUGAUGAGCUGGAAAAAAAUAAAAUAGCAGCAGAAAUAAAAAUAUAAAUAACUUACAGACUGGAAACAAUGGAAGCAAAACAAACUGUUAAUCUGUUCAUCUUUCCACCAAUCCAUACGUUCAUUCUUCCAUCCAUCUAAAGGAAUGUGUCAAUAGUUAGAUAUUCACAAUAUACUUUAAUAUACAUUUUAGUCAACAAUCUAUUUAUCCCAGGUUUGAAACACGUUUCUUUCUACAAGUACUGACUCAGAAGGAAGAAGACUGUAAAAAGAUAAAGAGUGAGUCGGUCUGCCAUCAAAAUGUGACUAAAUGUUGCUGCCUGGAUCUAAACUCUUAGGUUGGUUCAAAGUUGCAGCAGCUGAAGUUGUUUUGUUUUUUUAAUGUGGCAGGUUGAAUUUCAUGAUUUAUUCACAAUGUUUUUACUUUCUCUGAUUCAUAUCGUCUCCUACAAUCUGAUGAAAUGAUCUCUGAGAACCCAGAGAAAAUGUUUCACCUCUUACAGACAAACCAGGAUUAAAUCAGUGAAACGCGAUCUCCGGUUCCAGUCCCAGGCAGUGAUCUUCGUGGAAGAUGUCAGGUGGUUGAGUUUAAUGGGGCCAAACAAAGAAAGCAUUCUGAGAGAAUACUUGAUAAAUUCCUGAGAAGCACCUGCUCUGACAGGAAGUUCCUGCCUCUAUGAUUUUUAUACGGCAGGCGGUGAAGUUACUCACACGAGCAGCGAAGCAUGCAGCUUGUACAAUGUGGGCUCAGUAAUCUGCAGACAGUUGGAGAUGGUGACGAGUUUGAUGCAGAUAACAACCACCGCAAUUUAUUUGCAUGGCAACUUAAAGCAGAAUGCUACUUUUUGCGUAACGGAAUCGUUCGUAUUGCCAUUUUUUGUAUCUUUCGUACAAUUUUUUUUGACACCUUCCUAAAAUUGUGUCUGAAUAAUUUUUUUGGCAAGAAAGAGGCGGUGAUUUUUUUGAAAAAAAUAAAUAAAAAAUACUCAGGCCAUUAUAUAAACAGACAAACCUCAACUGAAACUUCUACCACUUCUUAGCAACGAGUAACCAUGGUAACAGGGUAGCUGCUGGUGAAACAAGCCUCACAUGGACACGAGUUUUUUUUACAGGAGAUGUGACUGUUUAAAAAGAGCCUUCAGGUUCAGUUUUGAGGGGCGGUUAUAAUGGAAGUCAUUGGGAGGUUAGGUGUGCGCUUUCUGCUUUCAGAGGAGCUUCAACAGAAAACCACAGGUUCCCACGGGGAUCUGGACGGCGGAGAGGAAAACACAGCGGACACGCCGAGCCUAUCAGGCGAGGAGGGCGGAGCCUCGGAUCCAGAGGAUUCAGCAGAGGGAGACAGCUGCAGCCCGCCAUCGUACACGGCGCUCUACAACGAAGAGUCAGGGAUGCAGGACUCAGGAGGAGGACCUGAUGAUGACGACGAUGGCGAAGGGGAGGAGCCGGCUGCUAUGCAGAGCGGCGGCGAGGAUGAGGAGGAGGAAGAGGAAGAAGUGUUACAGUGGAGAGGUCCAGAUGAGCUGCAGAUGAGCGAUGAAGAUGGUGGCAGCAGCGUGGUGGCGGUCAGAGACCUGCAGCCCGACACCGUCUGGGGCCCGGUGCCAGGAAUCCUCCAAUCAGACGGCAGCACAGAGAACUCGGCGCUGACUCUGCUCUGUGAACAGGCAGACUGCUGGAUUAACCGCCUUCCUCUGACCUCUGACCCUUCGGCAGCCAACUGCAGCAUCUACAGCCGAGGUGAGGAGCUGUUCUGUAAGGUCACCACAGAGGUCAGGGCCGGUGGAAAGCUCCUAGCUUCUCUGUCGCCGCCUCCGCCUUCCUCUUCCUCCUCCUCUUCCUCCCUGGCGGCCCAGCUGUCUCCUCCACUGCAGCCAGCGGUGAAGGAGGAGCCUCCGUACCCGGCGGCGCUGCGCUCCGACAUCCAGCUGCUUCCCCAGCAGGCCGGCAUGGCGGCCAUCUUGGCGACCGCCGUGGUCAACAAGGAUAUUUUUCCAUGCAAAGACUGUGGGAUCUGGUACCGCAGUGAGCGGAACCUGCAGGCCCACCUCAUGUACUACUGCGCCAGCCGGCAGAAGCAGCCGGCUGCGGCCUCUUCGCCCCCCCAGGACAAGCCCAAAGAGUCGUACCCCAACGAGCGCAUCUGCCCGUUCCCACAGUGCAACAAAAGCUGCCCCAGCGCCAGCUCUCUGGAGAUCCACAUGCGUACACACAGUGGUGAGCGUCCAUUCGUUUGUCUCAUCUGCCUUUCAGCCUUCACCACUAAAGCGAACUGUGAGCGCCAUCUUAAGGUCCACACAGACACACUAAACGGCGUCUGUCACGGCUGCGGCUUUGUCUCCACCACGAGAGACAUCCUCUAUAGCCACCUGGUCACCAGCCACAUGGUGUGCCAGCCGGGAUCUCGCAGUGAGGUCUACUCUCCAGGACCAGGCCUUCCUAAACUGCCCCUCUCCACCGGUCUAAGCCCCGGAGACUCUGGUGUGGUGCUCAAGUGUCAGGUUUGCGGCCAUAACUCUGACUCACCCGCCCAGCUGCAGCAGCAUGUUCGGACACACCUGGAGGUCAGGGUCCCGGCUGAAAGGAGCCCCACUCCUCGCCAGAGCACCCCCUUGUCGGCCGAGCAGCCCCAACUGUCCCCACAUGAGAGGGAACCACUAGCUUGUGUUCCCAAACCAGAUUCAUCAAGUCCAGGAGCAAACGGGGGAUCAGCAACGCCUCGAGACUUCAGUUCUCCUGACGCUCAGACUUCAGAGCUGAAGAUCAAGGAGGAGCCGCAGUCAGAGUCUGAGACGGAGGAGCAGCAGAUGGAGAUGAAAGAGGAUGGGGAGGAGGAGGGUGUUGAUGGAGAGGAUCCGGAUCAAGAAGUACAAAAGACGACAAAGGAAGAGCCAGCUAUGAACUCUUCCUGUCAAACAUCAAACUCUCCAAAGAGUCCCCCUAACCCAACCGUCAAGACUGAACCAACCAGUCCCACACCUGGUUCCAGUCCUGCCCACAUUGGAGGAACAGGUUCAGGCGUCGCAGGAGGAUCAAUCUUCCUUCCCCAGUACAUGUUCAACCCUGAAGCAGCCAUCCUGCCACAGGCAUCGGAGAUCCUGGCAAAGAUGUCCGAGAUGGUACACAGUCGGCUGAAACAGGGCCAGGCGGUCGUUCAGAGCAACCCGGCUGCCUUCUUCACCUCCGGACCUACCGCGGCUGCGGCUGCAGCCACUGCCACUCCACCCCAGAAAGGAGCCACCUGCUUUGAGUGUGACAUCACCUUCAAUAACAUCAACAACUAUUAUGCACAUAAAAGGCUUUACUGUUCCAGCAGACACCAGGGAGAGGUCGCAAGCUUGGCAUCAGGCUCCGGAGUCUCUGCACCGGCAGCUUCUGGCGGACUUCCCAGCUCGUCUCCUCAGGUCGGAGCAUCAAGCAGAGCCGCGUCCGUCUCUCCAACGAACUCUGAGCCUCCUGCAGGAACCGGAGUGGCGGAAUCUAAGAGGCUGGUUGAGGUAAAGACAGAAACUCCUGCAGGGAAAGAAGGAGUGUCAUCCUCUUCAGAGGGUGAAGGUGGUGGAGGAGGAAGGGCAAGCGAAGGCAGUCAAAGUCCUGCCAGCGGUUCUACAGAGGACAUGGAAGACGACCCUAACAAAACCUUCUGCGAGGCUUGCAACAUCCGCUUCAGCCGUCAUGACAAUUACACCAUUCACAAACGGUUCUACUGCGCGUCUCGCCACGACCCAUCUAACCAGCGGGCCACCCACAUGUCCAAGAGCUCCAACACCGCGGCCUUCCUUCCUCAGCCCAUCCGCACUCGCAAGAGGAAAAAGAUGUACGAGAUCCACAUGGCUCGAACAGAGGCGCUAGCUAACGCCGCUGCUGCUGCCACCACCUCUGCGGCUUCUGCUCCCUCUCCUUCCGUUCUGGGUUUGGUGGUGAAGCAGGAAGUAUCUCCCGGCGGUGCGGGCGGCUCCAGCCCCGAAGGAGACGGCCCGAUAGACCUGAGCAAGAGACCUCGUUUGAGGGAGACUCCUCGGCACAACAGUGGUGGCGGUAUUCUCCCGGCGCUUCCUCUCACCGAUUACCACAAGUGCACCGCCUGCAGCAUCAGCUUCAACAGCAUUGAGAACUACCUGGCCCAUAAGACCUACUACUGCCCGGCCACCACUCUGCAGCCCCACACCCUGGAGCAGCUUCACAGGCUCAAGAGGUCGGCCUCCACUUCCCCUAAGAGUAGACCCCAACAGGAGCGGCUGGACCUCCUCCAUCCUGCUGAGGCUAAAGCUUUGCCUGCUGAGUGGGUCGCCCAGGGUCAAGGGGCGUCCCCCAGCCCUCGCCCCUCUGCCUUACCCGCUUCUGGUGCUGCAUCUCCCUCGCAUGCAACACUCGCAGCCACUCCAGGAGCUGGAGCUAAAGGAGCGGCUGCCAGUUCCUCCCUAGCGAUCUGCCCCUACUGUCCGAACCGGCCCAUCACCUGCGACCUGGUGGAGCACUUCAAGACCACCCAUGGGCUGGUCUUAACCGUUCAGCCUCCGGCAGAGACCCCUCCUCGGCCCAGCAGGGCGGUCAGCCGCAGCCCAAGCCUCAGUCCCAGGGAUGGGGUCACGGGUGCCACCACCCCCACCAACCAGGCCAAGAUGGCCUCCCGAAUUCACAGAGACAGCGUUAACGGACAGACCUGCAGCAGCGCUGCUUCCCCUGCGUCCCCGCUGGUGAACGGCAGCCCGUCAGUUGGGGGAGGAUCGCCUUCUUCUGCCUCACCCCUCCCCGUGUCUCCGCCCCGCGCCCCCUCUCUGACUGUCUCACCCGUGCCUGAGGCUCCGCGGGAGAAGGUGGUGCCCGUCCACCUUCCCGAGAGCACGGCAUCCAAUCCCAUCGCCGGACCCAAAACGGCGGUAAUCUCUCCGGUCCAGAACGGUAACUCCCGCUUCUGCCGGCUGUGCAACAUCAAGUUCAGCAGCCUUUCCACGUUCAUAGCUCACAAGAAAUACUACUGCUCCUCCCACAGCGCUGAACACGUCAAGGGAGCUCUCUAAUCUCUCUUCUUCCCCUUCUCCCAUGUCUUUCUGAGUGGAUUGAACGCCGUGAGGCGCCCCCUGCUGGAGGAACCAACACGGAUGACUGUUACGUCCCAUCCUCUGCAGGUGGUGUUACGAACUCAGUGGUUUCCUCUCCAAAUGGGUCAGUUUUCACACACUAAGAGCUGAGACGUGUCCACUUCACCUUCCCGACUUGAACGGAGGGAUAUUUCAAACAGACUCAAUCAUUGUUAAUGUUUUUAUUCUCUGUGCAUAAUGUAUGAUGUCUGAAAAACAGAAAUCUAUGAUGCUUUUGUUUCAACACUGGCUCUUGUUUUUGUUUGUUUUUUUCUGGGUGGAAAAAGCAGAGAUCACCGUGUUACUAAUUUACCGAAGGAUGGACGCUUUUUUUUCAUAUGCGCAACAUUGUUUUUAUUUUUUCUUCAAAGAGCAAGGGAGAAAAGAAAUGUGAAAUAUUUAUCUUUGAGUCCUCACUGAUUUCACGUCGACAGAAAACUACCUACCUGUUGUCUGAGAGUAUUUGUAUUUUUUAUUUGUAUAUUUUUUCAUACUGUUCGAAGGCCGUGUUUGGACCCGGUGUGCUGAAGUGACUUUUCUAAGUGUAGAUAUGUAAUAUCUUCUCACAGUAAUCACUGGGAUCACACUGAGCUUUGUUAUUAUUACGUUAGCGUUUUGUUAGCUGGUGGUGAGGUUUUGUGUUCAUUUUUAUUGUUUUUUUUCUUCUCUGCUUGUUGCUGAUUAGAUGUUCGAUUAGAUCGCAGCGGCUCGCUGAUUGUUGAAGAUGAUGAUGAAGCCCUGCGGGUUUCAGGUUAAAUUAGUUUUUACCCGGCGAUGAAGGCACAACGUUGUGUUCCCAUGCAGCAGGACAGUGUUGGCUCAAACUGUGAAUACUUUUUGAUUUGGAAAAGACGCAUCAGGACGCAGUGGGGGCGAUCUGUCACUUGAAGCUUCCCGGACCCCAGGCCUGAAACAGUAAACUCGUUUUAACCUCGUUCCCUCAGAAUACUAUUUCUUCUUCCAACAUUUUGGAUUUGAUCUGAUCAGACACAUAAGCAGCCUGAAAACUGUCUCCAUCCUGCCCAAAAUUAAGAAAUUAACAAAGAAAACUUUUUUUUUUUUUUGCUGCUGAUUUAACUUGCAUUUAUCAGUAGGUAGAACUGCUGCUAAAUGCUGUUGGUUUGGUUUGUUCCCUCUCUGUUACAGUAGUUGUUUUGUUGAAAUCUCACCAAGUAUUUUUGGUCUAGUUUCCAAUCUAGUGCAAGUAUCUUAACACUCUUGAAAUAAGGCAAAACUAACUCACAAGUAACUUUUCAGCCAGAUGGAGGAGCUUGUUUUAAGUAAAUAAGUUAAAACAAGUUAAUUCCACUGGCAGACUGAAAAUCUCUUGUUAUAAGAGAUUUAUAACAGUGGAACCAGUUUCUUAAUUCUAAAGACUUAUUCAUCUAAAACCAGCUCCUAUAUUUGCUGAAAAGUUACUUGUAAGUUAGUUUGGUCUUUUUUCAACAUAUUUGCACCAGAAAAUUAACAUUUCGUAGAUAAAAAAAAAAAAGAGCUUCCAUCAAAAAACUCAGAAGUUUUUUAGAAAAAACUGAAAUUUCUGAGCUCAAAAAGCUGGAACAUUUUUACUUUUGAAAUUCAGAAAUUGACAUGAGAAAAUCCCAAUUUAUGCUUAGCAGCAUGAAGUGAUAUGACAAUGGGUACAAGAACUGUUGACUUAAAACAAACUCCUAUAUCUUAUUGAAAAGUUACUUGUUAGUUAAUUUGAUCUUAUUUGAGAUUUACUAAGAUAAUUACACUAGAAACAAGACCAAAAUACUUGGUAAGAUUUGGUGUUUUUGCAGUGUUUUUUCGACAGCAGUAGCUCCACCCUAACCGUACCGUUACGGACCUGUAGCUAAAUGGAACCCAGAAGUGGUACGGAUCAGCCAUAUGUCCCGCUUUCAUAAUUGAAACGGACUAAAUAACGUACCAAAUCGCACUGACCCGCACCAUACCACCCAGUGGAAACGAGGCAUCGGUCAAACACAACGGUUAAUAAUUGGUUUUCUGCAGGUCAGGGGUUUUGACUGGGAGGUUUAGGCAAUAAAACUACCAGUUUGACCAAAUUUAACCCAGAUGCCACCAAUUCUCACCUAGAAAAUUCUGUUAAAUGAAACAUAAUGAAGGAUUCAUUAAUAACUUUCACACUAGAUGAAGAUCUUGCUACUCUGGUUUGGACCUAGACAAUCUUGUGGACAUGGUUGGAAACUUGACCUGCUGCAACCACAACCAGGUUUUACCACCAUUUUUUAUGUCAGAGAUAUUUCAUCACACGGCAUGAUCUUACCAUGACCAUGAGGCUGAAAUACACAAAAUCCUGUCAAGUGUUUUUGGUUUGAGUGUAAACUUGAAAUAACUUUUCAGAAAGACAGAGCAGCUUAUUUUAGGUCAAUAAUUCCCUAAUGUCGAUUGAAAAAACUUACAAACCAUUAAACAAGACAUUUUUUCCAGUGAAAUAAUCUGCCUGUGGAAUCAGUACUUUAAUUCUGUCCCAUUGAAAUGAAUGUAAAACCUUAAAAAUUUUGCCAAAUUCAGCAAAAACUUUGUUCUCUUUGACAGUUUACUGCUUCGAGUUAGAAAGUCUGUUCAACUUCUGAGCAAGUUAAAAGAUGUCAAUCUAUCUUCUUAAGAUUUGGCUUUUUGAUAUGUCUUUCAGUUUUUCUAAAAUCCUGAUUUUAGUUUUAUGCCAUUUUUUGGCCAUUGUUAUUUUUACAGUGUAAUCCAAAGCGGACAGAGUGCAGCCUCCAGUAACUGUGACUGCUUCUUCACAAACAAAAUGCUGCUGUUCACACAUAUUUAACUAUACAAAAAAAUAAUUUGUGCAUCCAAUCGCAGCCUCAACCGACUGCUUCCAGGAAAUAUGAGUGUCAUUCCUGUAGGUCUUACAGUUUGUUUUUUUCUAACACGUCCAGAUUGCAGGCUUGUCACGCCUCUUCCUAUUUUUAUUCUCUUUCUCUCUUCAGAUCUGUCGCCAUCAUGAUGUCAGUCGAUGCUUUUCCAUUUCAAUUGUGUGCAAAACUUUGUAGAUAUUUUGCUAAUGUUAAGAAAACACAGUUAUGCAGUUGUGUUUUUUCCAUUAAAUAAGAAGCACAAUUAAAAUUACGCAAUAACUCACUGAAAAACUUCAUCCUCUAACUUCUUCCUGUUCUCUUCUUUCACUUUUCCUCCAGUAGCAACAUCCAGUUAUUGAGUUUUUUUGUGUGUUUUUUUUUCAAUUAAGCAAAUUUAUUUUUGUAAUUCCAUUUUGCACUGUAUUAUGCAAUUAGUGCAAAUUGGUGUCAGGCACGCAACGUCUAAAUGCACAAACAGGCCUGUCACAGUAACAAACUUUACUGAACUACAAAUUGUUGCAGAAAUUAUUGCAGUUAUUAGCAUCUAUCUUUUGAGGCCGUUUAGGUAAAAUAUUGAUGAGGAUAAAAGUUAAAGUUUGCAAUCUUAAACGUAAAUAAAUAUUAAUUUUGCAAGAGACACACAGUGGAGCUGGAAGAUGUUAAAUCUCCCCAGAAAAUAAACAAUAAAUAAAAUAGCAAUAAAAAUCCCCAACAACCAAAACCGUAUUAAAGUGGAUUACAAACAGCUCUUCAGUUUAUUUCAGUUUUAAUUUCUCGUGUGACUAACUGGUGGAUUUUCUGGGCAUGCUCAGAGCGCUUCAUGACAGGAAGUAGGUUUUGAUGCGUUGUGGUUUGGUCUCCAUCCAUUUCCAUGUCCUCUCAGUAUGUCCUGUUUCUGUUGUUUAUAUAUAAAAUACUCAGAUCCUCUAUUAUCUCUGAUUUCUGGAACAUGCUUGUAAAAUUUUAUCAGGGUAAAAGUUUCUAAAUUCUCCUUCAGUUUUUAGCUGUUUGUGUUUCCUGCAGCCUGAAACUCGAUCUGUCGCCACAGUGAGAGGAAGACAAACAUUCACUGCAAAAACAGAAAUUUUGCCAAGUAUUUUUGUCUAGUUUAUAAUGCAAAUGUCUUCAGACACUUGAAAUAAGACAAAACUAACUUAGAAGUAAAUGUUCAGAAGAUACCGUAGCUUGUUUUGAGUCAAUAUUGGCUCUAUUGGCAGAUGAUUUCACUUACAACGUGGGGAAAAUGUUUUGUUAUAAUCUCCCAGUGGAACAAGAACUUUUUAAUAAUUAUUGACUUCAAACAAGCUCUGAUAUCUUGCUGAAAAGUUUCUUGUAAGUUAGUUUUGUCUUAUUUCAAAGCCAGACAGAAGUAGUUGUUAGGAUUUUGUGUUUUUUGCGUGUUUGAACCGUUUUCACCGCCCCGCUGUGCUCUGCAGCUCUUAGGGAACCGAGUCGAGUUGAACUCAGCCCCAGUUUGUUGCACUGUGUCAAAAUGUGCUGAAUGUUUUUAGCUACUUUUUGUUUUGUUUUUUAACGUAUUUAUGUUACGCAGCACUUUUUCCCGGCCUGAAUGCGUCAUCGCUCACCUUGAAGGACUUUUUUAAAAAUUUUCCUUUUUGUUUUUUAAUUAAUUCAACAUGUUUUUUGUAAUGAUUCCUUUGUCUAUAAUGGAGAAAAUCACAUCGAAUGUCAAACACUUUUAUUUCAAUAUUUUUUAUAUGUUUUUUUUUCAGCUCCACUACACUCUUGUCCAAACUAUGCAUGGGAAAUAAAAAGUUCUGAGAGACACUGAC